AUGAACCCCAUCAUCGACCCUUACUCCGGGUCCUACACUAGCCCAAGCGUGAUGCAGAUGCCGACACCUCAGCAUUACCCUAAUCAGUCCUCCGAUCAUUCUGGUACAUCUGCGUCGAACCUGCCGGCCGAAUACUUUGCUCGUGGAGGAUUCUCAGAGGAGGGUCAUGUAGUUCACCGUCGAGCAAGCCGAGGCCGUUUCUCGUGGCUUCUCUUCUGGCGCCGCAAGAAAUCACAGCACAUAGCAGCAAUACCGAAGGGCCCUCCGAAAGUCAACGUCGCGGGGCCCAAACCGCCAAGGCCGCCGCCGAAAAGAUUCUUCUCGUGA